AUGGUGGAUGCCACGGCAUGGUGGCCAAACCAAGCCAUGCAAACUUGCCAGAACUUGCAAGUGCAACAAAUGCAGACGCAAGCCGGGCAAGCCCAGCCGGCAAAUUUACAGACUCAGCAGCCGACUCAGCCGCAACAGGCGCAACAGGCACCACAGGCACCACAGGCACCAGUUCAGCAGGCGAUGCUGCAAGUGAUGGCGCAGGCGCAAGCGCAACCGCAAAAUCAGAUACAGGUGCAGAUGCAUCAAUCACAAAUGCAACAGCAGGCACACAUGCAACAAGUACAACUGCAAGCGCAAAUGCAACAAGCUGCUCAGAUGCAAUCGCAGAUGCAGCAGAUGCCCUUGCAACAGCUCCCCUUGCAACCAGUCCAGCAAAAUCACAUCCCCGACCAGACGGACAAGAAAAUUUUCCAGCAAUCUCCCUUCCAUUUCCAAGUUACGCAGGUGUCGGAUGACUCUCAGCCCAAGACGCUGUUCAAUACACCUGCACAUUUGGCACUAGCCAAAGUUUCAAAUGCUGAGCGCGAAGCUCGACACGCACAGCAGGAGCAGCCGAAGCAGUCGAAGCAGGAACCGCAAGCUGGGACGACACAAAAACAGCAGCAGUAUCAGCAACAGCAUCAGCCGCAGCAGAGGCAGCAAGGAUUCUCAGCGCAGCCAGUUAACCGCUCGCAUGCACAUGCAGUGAAAAGCUCCCCCGAGAUGGACACCAAGCCAUCUCAGGCCGGCAAGCUUCGAACGCGGCGCAAGGAGCCGGGUGCCAAAGCAGCCUCCGAUCACGCGAAACUGUUCCAGACGCUCAGAUCGAACUUGGAAGUGGGUGACGAGAAGGCGCGUCUUGAUGCCAUCCAGCAAAUUCAGGGGAAUGUGGUGGCUCUGGCCACUGAGUCCGAAAGCUCCAGCCGUGCUGUGCAGAUGGCUUUGAAGGUGGCAACUCGCCAAACCGCGACGGAACUGUCGUCAGAGUUGACGGGACAUAUUGCAGAGGUGGCAUUGUCUCUGCAUGGGAAUCACGUGCUGCAGCGUGUCAUUGAGGUGUUGCCGUCCUCGAAGACGAACUUCAUUGCAGAAGAACUCGUGACAAGAGCUGCAGAGGUCGCUCGCAACGUCUUCGGUUGCCGUAUUUUCUGCCGACUGCUUGAGCAGUCAGCGAACCUCACCUCUACGCAGAGGCUGCUUGCGAAGGUGAUAAGAGAUGCCGAAGAUCUGGUCCAAAACCAAUUUGGACGAUACGUGGCCCAAGCAGUCCUUGAACAUGGGACGGAUGAGCAGAGGCGUGUAGCUUCUGGCAGCUGA